AUGUCGGACAGCACUCGAAGGGAAGCCGGUGUGGAAACGGUCUCUACUGGCCGAGUCCUGAGCGAGCAUCACGCCGACACGGGCGCUCCAGCUCCUCAUGGCUCCAGCUCCACAGCCGGGUCCCCAUACAGAGACUCGCCGUUGCAGUGGUACCGCGGGGGGGCUGCCUUGAACUUCAGAGCUUUGGAAACACCGCACAGUCCAAGAGAUACUACAUGUUCAGAGGACCACUGCUGCUCCGUAACGACCAGCGACAGAGGUUCACCCGCCGUGUCCGAGCCAGUGACUGAGGGCAGCGAUGAGAUCGACCGGAAAACAGGGGACAGCAACCUGACGGACGACAACGAGGACGCGCAGCACAGUUUUGACGCACGCUCGGAGCGAGACGCGUCGUCUGAUCCGAGCUCAACCCGGAAAAAGAAGACCCGGACCGUGUUCAGCCGCAGUCAGGUGUUUCAGCUGGAAUCCACUUUUGACGUGAAGAGGUAUCUGAGCAGCUCGGAGAGAGCGGGACUGGCAGCGUCUCUCCACCUGACGGAGACUCAGGUCAAAAUUUGGUUUCAGAACCGGAGGAAUAAAUGGAAGAGACAGCUGGCGGCAGAUCUAGAGGCUGCUCAUAUCCCAAACUCGACCCAGCGGAUUGUCAGGGUCCCCAUCCUGUAUCACGAGGGACCCGCACCCACUGCAGCGCUGGGUUUCAACUUGACUGGGCAUCCAGUUUCUCCACCCAUCGCGGGCUUCUCCAGGUCCAUCAACUACCCUCUGUCCUCGUUUGCUCACUCAAUGAGCAUGUUAAGAUCGCAGAUGACCAGCUUGGUGUAAAGUCUGGUUAAUCAAACUGUCUAUUAUCAAUAUACAUUCACUCUGUGAAUAUCGAAUCGUGCAAUAACACACAAUGCCGCAGAAAACUGUUGACUACAUCCAAAGAGCCGCAGAGACCGUGAUUCUAACAGAGUAAUGAGUCAUACUUAUAUUUCUGUUCAUAAGCCUCUAACAGAGUCGCAACUCCUGUCACUGUUAAGACUAGCCUAUAAUAACAGUUAAGCAUGGCAAGGCCGGAGAAGAGGAGGCCGGAGGUGUUCAUGUACUGUAUGUUUGAAUAUACACAUAUUUUUGCAAACUUUUAUAUUUAAAGCCACAGAUUUUUCCGACUUUGUCACUUUUUCACAUAAGAGACGAAUAA